UGAGAACAGUCCGAGGUGGGAGUGAGGGGCUCUGCUGUUUGGGUCUGCCUUCUGUCCGCCUUCACAAAGCAACCCCCCCGUCCCCGCUGACACCCUGCAGACUCCACAUUGUACACAGUGAGCCUGAAUGUACUCCGCGAGCGACCUCUCUCACUGGGUUUGUUAUUGUGCUGUGUCUGGAGCUCACUACAAGCAGAGCUUUCUUCACCACUGAACCUUCUGUUGGAACUAGCCUUCUGGCAUUCUAAGGACCUCUGGACCUGCUCCUGGGACACGGUAUCUGACAUUCUGUGGACCUCUGGAUCUGCUGCUGGAGAAAGUCCUUAGUCUAAGGACCCCUAGUUGACCAGGUCUUCUGGCAUUGUAUGGACUCCUAGACAAGUCUUCAUUCUAAGGACUUUUGGACCUGCUGCUUGGGCAAGUCAUCUGGCAUUUUAAGGACCUCUUGACCUGGUACUGGGACAUAACUUCUUGCAUUCUGAUCAUUGGACUUCUGCCCUCCCCAGCAUUUCGGAAAUUUACCCCCAUGUGCUAAUCUGAAGGAUUGAUUCCACAUAGCACAUCCAUAGGGCUCUCCUGGAACUCAUGAUAAACAGAGCAGCCCCUCUGAGGACUCUUUCCCAAAGGUUAUGGAGAUAUCAAUAGUAUCUGGUGCAUAAUAUCAUAAGCUAAUUAUUGGGAAUCGUUCUAUUUCCUACACAGUUCUUGUAGAUAGAGUGCAGAUCAUUGAACAUGCAGUUCUCGCUUGGAAGGAGGUUUUCGUUGCUAGGUCUCAUGAAUGUCACCCUUAUCUUUCACCUGUUGAUCGGAUCUUGCCAAAGUUCAACUACCCCAUGUCCUUCCAACUGCACCUGCUCUGGGGAUCUAGUGGACUGCAGCCACCAGGGACUUACACAGAUACCACAUGACCUCCCAUCCUGGACAGUCCAUUUAAACCUGAGCUACAACAGGCUGAAUGAGAUCGAUCCGGCCGCCUUUGUCGAGCUGCAUAAGCUGCAGGAAGUGCUGUUGAACCACAAUGAACUCUCUGAUAUCCCGUCUCUAGGAGAUGCAUCUUCUAAGCUGAUAUCACUUUCCCUACAUCACAAUAAGAUCCGCAGUAUUGAGGCGAGUCAAAUGAAGCAAUAUGUUGCACUUGAAAUAUUGGACUUAAGUUUCAACGAGAUAACCGAGAUCCACAGUGGCACGUUUCCCCCAGGACUUCAAAUAAAGGAGCUCAAUCUAGGGAGCAACAGAGUGAACAGUCUGGAGUCUGAAUCCUUCAAAACUUUGUCAAGGUCUCUACUCACCCUUCGCCUAAGCAAAAACAGAAUCUCCCAUCUUCCGCUUCGAGUCUUUAAGCUGCCCAGACUAACCCAACUUGAAUUAAAUCGAAACCGUAUACGUUCAAUAGAAGGGCUGACUUUUCAAGGACUGGACAGUUUGGAGGUUUUAAAAUUGCAGCGUAACAAUAUCAGUAAACUUACUGAUGGGGCUUUCUGGGGCCUAUCAAGCAUGCAGAUCUUACAUCUGGAAUAUAAUAAUCUGAAAGAAGUGAGCACCGGAUCUCUAUAUGGACUCCAGUCUCUUCAACAGCUACACCUAAGUAACAACUCAAUAUCCCAAAUAAACUCUGGAGGGUGGAGCUUCUGUCGAAAUCUACAGGAGCUAAUUCUGUCUUAUAAUAAUCUUACCAGAUUGGAUGAGGGCAGUUUUGCAGAUCUUGGUGCCCUUGAAAUUCUAUUACUAGGCCAUAAUUCCAUCAGUCAUAUUGCAGAAGGAGCCUUUAAAGGCCUCAAAAGCCUUCGUAUAUUGGAAUUGGACCAUAACGACAUCUCCGGUACAAUAGAGGACACCAAUGGGGCCUUUAUAGGCCUGGAAAGUCUAAGCAAGCUAACUCUGUUUGGAAACAAGAUCAAGUCUGUGGCCAAAAAAGCGUUCUCAGGCUUAGGGGCUCUGGAGCACCUAAACCUUGGGGAAAACGCUAUUCGGUCUGUACAGCCUGAGGCAUUUGGGGAAAUGAAGUCCCUCAAAGACCUAAUCCUCAGUAGUGACAGCUUGCUUUGUGACUGUCAUCUUAAGUGGCUACCACAGUGGGUAACUGGCAGAAAACUGCAGUCCAAAGUAAAAGCCACUUGUGCCCAUCCAGAGUCACUGAAGAGUAAAAGCAUAUUCAACGUGUCACCCCGCAGCUUUGUGUGUGAGGACUUCCCAAAACCUCAAAUCAUAGUUCAACCUGAAAAUACAAUGGCAGUCCAUGGAAAAGAUGUCCGUCUUACUUGUUCAGCUGCUAGCAGUAGCAGUUCACCCAUGACCUUUUACUGGAUGAAAAACAGUGAAAUUCUACACAAUUCUGAGACUGAGAACUUUGCCAAUGUGAGGGAAAAGGAUGGUGAAGUGAUGGAAUACACCACAAUCCUACAUUUGAGAAAUGUGACCUUUACACACGAAGGGCGUUACCAGUGCAUCAUCUCCAAUCAUUUUGGUUCGACAUACUCCAACAAAGCAAAGCUUACCGUGAACAUUCUGCCAUCCUUUAUCAAAACACCCAGAGAUAUAACAAUGCGGACAGGUACCACUGCAAGACUGGAGUGUGCAGCAGAGGGAUAUCCUGUUCCUGAAAUAGCAUGGCAAAAAGAUGGAGGCACGGACUUCCCAGCAGCCCGAGAGCGACGUAUGCAUGUCAUGCCAGAUGAUGAUGUUUUCUUUAUUAUGGAGGUGAAGAGCGAGGAUAUGGGAGUUUAUAGCUGCACAGCUCAAAAUUCUGCUGGCUCAGUCUCUGCAAAUGCAACGCUAACAGUACUUGAAAUGCCCUUUCUGAUUCAUCCAAUAGAAGACCGUGUUGUGUUUCUAGGGGCUACCUUGGCACUACAAUGCAAAGCGAAUGGAAGCCCCCCUCCUCGAAUUACCUGGCUUAAAGGUGACGAGCCCUUGGUUUUGACAGAUCGACAUCAUUUCACACCUGGUAAUCAGUUGCUUGUCAUUCGAAACGUGGUAAAGGAAGAUGCUGGAAAAUACACCUGCGAGAUGUCUAACACGCUUGGGACAGAACGUGCCUACAGUCGGGUUAGCGUCUAUCCCACCACUGGCUGUGCUGCGGAACAAGGCAAAACAGAGGGAACUAUGACAUUUGGCAUUAUCACCAUUGCAGUUGUCUGCAGCAUUGUCCUAACAUCUCUGGUUUGGGUGUGCAUAAUCUAUCAGACCAGGAAGAAGAGAGAAGAGUAUAGCGUCACCAAUACAGAUGAAACCAUUGUACCCCCUGAUGUUCCAAGUUAUUUGUCAUCUCAAGGAAUAUGCUCAAGUGAUGGAGCUGGGAAUCUGGAUGUUGAGGCUUGUAACGUGCCAUACCGGCAGCCAAGGAUCUGCAUAGGAUGCAACUCUGAAGGCUGUAAAACGGCAGAUGGUUUAUUCAGUACAGAUAAUACAGGUUAUGGAUUCCAGAUUAAAUGCACAGACUGUUUAGAUGAUCAUACCCCAUAUGACAAGGAUUCAGACUACUGCCAGCAGGCAUUGGAAUCUUUAGACUAUUCAUAUCAUAAGUCACUAAGCAACCACGAUGUAUAUGGGAAUAGCGACACUUCCUGUCAUCAGAUUGCUGGGACCUUUGGCAACCAUAAACAAAAUCACACAAGCCCAACUUAUGCAAGCAGUCAUGAAGGCUUCAUGAAGACUUCUACCUUAACGUCCCCUUCAGUAGACCCUUCCAUAGAAGGUCCAUGCAGAGAGCCAUUAUUGAGGUCAACGCAUACAGAAGGGUUCCAUGAAGAACACCCAGUAUCUGAAAGUUUUCUACAACAAAUACCAGGCACCACAUCAGAGCCAGUAACCAAAGAAAUGGCCACACAAAGACUUCUAUCCAACGGACAUGUUACAUCUUUAAAUGACAAUAACCACCGGACCCCUAAUCAUCAUGUGAAUGCAAGUGAACUGCUCUCAGCAAAUUAAAGACACUCUUUUCUUUUGUGUGGUCACUGAAUCUGAAAGAAUCCCUCCUACCUCAAUCCCAGAACUGUUAAGGGAUAAAAUGAAAA